AUGACAACUGUUCUGAAACCGCAAAACGCACGCGACGACGACGUCGACGAGCAUCCAGGGAGCAGUGUGCGCUCGGAUAACGUUGAUGAAUUGCUGUCAUUGAAGCUGCUAUUUACUGUACCGAUAAUAUUCGAAGAGAAAGAAGAAAUAGACGUGGAGGAUAUUUCUGAGAAAGGGAUACAAAUGUUGGAACUGGGAAGUGACGAAGGCAAUAAAAGCAGCAGAUUAGCGGUUUCUUUGAGAAAAAUGAGAAUUUCUCUCGUGGAUAAGCGACCAAUCUGCUCAGGAAAGCGUUUUAAAAUUCUAGAGAAGUUUGCAGUAGUUUUAGACGUAGCGAAGACAAUGCCCAUUAGAAGAAAGCCGGAGGAAAUGGGAGAUUAG